AUGAGGGUGUCUUUGCUAAUGAUGUUGCUGCUAUUGUUCCUAACAAGAACAGCAACUUCAAGCCAUGAUGUGAAGCCUGGUUGCCAAGAAAAAUGUGGGAAUGUUAGUGUUCCUUAUCCCUUUGGGAUUGGUGAACCUUACUGUGCCAUGGACGAGCAUUUCUUUCUAAAUUGUAGUUCAGAAAAUGAUGAUGCUGUACUGUGGUUUAGAAGCAACAUGACUGCUCAGAAUAUAUCGGUGCUGGAGGGCACAGUCACUGUAAGCAUUGAAACGGCAUAUGACUGCUAUGACAGUUCAGGGGAGAGUAUCGGCGAUUCCGAUCAGUCUAUGACACUUGGAUCUGGCCCUUUCAUGUUCUCGGAAUCUGGAAACAUAUUCACAGCUAUUGGUUGUAAUACGCAGGCCGUGGUGGCUAACGAAGAGGUGACAUAUGGGGUUGCCUGUCUCUCCUUGUGCAACGAAAAUGUAAACAUUUCAGAUAAGAAUUCUUGUUCAGGUUCUGGAUGCUGUCAGACCUCAAUUCCCAAGGGCUUAAAGUCUCUCUAUAUUUCAGUUUAUAGCGGAUACAACUAUACGGAAGUGCCAUUCAAUCGCUGUGGAUUCGCGUUUUUGGCAGCUAAAAGCUCCUUUGAUCUUUCAGAUUGGCCUCUCUCGCGUAUGGUGGAUGCAGGAAAAGAUACAUCAGAUGUGGUGGUUGAAUGGGUAGUUAAGAAUGAAACGUGCGAACAGGCUAAAGCUAAUGCAAGUGCAUAUGCUUGUGGCAGUAAUACAGACUGCACUUUUUCAGAGAGUGGUCAAGGAUAUCGUUGCUCGUGCAGUAAAGGGUUCCAAGGAAACGCCUAUCUUCAACUAGGAUGCCAAGACAUUGAUGAGUGCGAAGAUCCAGAAAGAUAUCCAUGUAAAGGUACUUGCAAGAACACCAUCGGAGAUUACAAAUGUCACUGUCCAUUUGGCAAGUAUGGAGAUGGUAAAACAGGUUGUCAAGGAUCUGGUAUAAUCACAGUUAUAUCAGCUGUUGGAGCAUCAGUUUUCUUUUUGAUUAUUUGUUUCCUACUCUAUGUAAUCUGCACAAAGAGAAGAAGGGACAAGAACUUCAGGGAAAAUGGUGGAAUGGUUUUAAAGCAUCAACGAGUAGCUGAUGAAGGUGAAAUGGAAGAGAUAGAAAUUGUUUGUGAGCUUGCAAAAAAAUGUGUAAACAGCAUGGGCAUAAACCGCCCUACCAUGAAGGAAGUAUCUUAUGAACUUGCUAAGCUGAAGGCCCUUCAUGAAAAUUCUUGGGCUCAGAAAACUAGUGAUGAGACAGCGCGUUUGCUGGGCAAAUCGCCACCCUCGUUCUCCGAGAAUGAAAGUCCUUCUUUAAGUCAGUCCCAGAGUACUCAUACCGUGAUAUCGUUUCAGAUUGAGAACUAUACUGAUAGCAUUUUGGACCAUUAUCAGUCUCCGACAUUAAAUCACUCGGACAACCCCAUGAAGUCUAAAUCUGAAUUGUUUUGA